GCUCUUCACAGCCUGUUUGCCAGCCAGCCUGGCACGGUAAAUGAUAUGUGUGUGAGUGCGCGAGGCUAAAAGUGCCAGCCCUCUGUUGUAUUCGUUGUUGCUGUCAUCUACGCGUCACGAUUGUCUCGAUUUUUGUCGACGUCGAUCGGUUGUCGGCCAUUGCGUGUUACUGCUAUUGCUACUACUACUGCUGCUGUUGCUAUUACUGUUAUUGUUACUGUUAUUGCUGCUGCUGAUACUGCUGCCGCUGUCCCGCAUAUGUUUUCUCGAUACUCGCACGUGCGCGCGCGUUAAAGAACGCGAGCGAGCGUGUGUGUGUAUGUGUGUGUGUGUUCCGCGAUUUGCGUUCGCGUAUCCCUCCGAAAAGAUGGCCGCCAUGAAAGUGUACGGUGGUGAUGUUGACGUCGUUCGCAACGAGGCUGCGUUACGUCCUCAAGAAGCGUGAGGAAGAGAUUUUAAUAACUCGAAUGCGCGUGCCGCACUGGCGGUGGAAUUGUGGAAAAAAGAGGACGGUCUUUGGAAGAGGAAACGAGGCCUUCGAUAAGAGCCGCCGCCGGCAAGUGCGCUAUUCGUCGCGAGGUUUCUCUCGCGGUGCACGACGACAAACGGGAAGGAUAGAGGAGCGUAAUAGCUAACAGCCGUGCAGGAUACUAUCGGGAGAAAUAAAGAAGAAAGAACGCGAGUGAAAGACGGCUUCAAUGUGUGACCAGUGGAGAGGUUGAGAGAGAGAGAGAGAGAGAGAGAGGAGAGAGAGAGAGAGAGGGGGACAAAGACGAGUUUGAAGAAAGAAGGAACGGACGAACGAACGAACGAAAGCAUUGGAGAAAAAGAGAAGGUCUGGAAGAAGAAAAAGAAAAAGAAGAAGAAGAAAAAGAGGUGGAGGAGAAGGAAGGAGUAACGUGACCGUCAACGUUAGAAGGGUGUUCGACGAGGAGUAAACGAAUGAGGAAGAAAGACGCGCGCGAUAAAAAAGGGUGCCAGAAUUGAUAGAGGAAGGAGAGUAGGAGGAAGAGAAAAGGAGAGAAAGGUAGAGCGAGAGAGAUAGUAAGAUCGAGGGAGAGAGGGGGAAAGGAGAGAGAGAGAGUGUGUGUAAGAGAGAGAAGGAGAUAGAGAGGAGGGAGCGAGAGAAUGAGAUAGGGGGAGCGCGUGGAAAACGGGGGUGAUAUACGCGAGUGAGUUGUACGGGUAACGCGGGUGGUGCGCUUUGGUGCCGCGAGUGAAAGAAAUGCGCGCGUGAGAGGGUGUCUCUCGAGCCUCCCUCAGAGCGUGCGAGCACACCAACAUAUCCUCGUUUACGCGAGUUUUUCGACGCAACCCAGACGACGACUGUGCCUACCGCGUCGACGCACGUAUCGAAAGUUUCGUGCUUUCGAAGGAGGGACGGCCAUAUUAAUCCGUAGCCCCUGCCGUCCGAAGCUCACCCGAGAGAUUUUGUGUUUUCUCGACCAUUGGAUAACUCUUCAAUCGUGAUUCGAAAUUGAAAGGCUUGUCGCGUAUUGUGAUAUGUGCGCGCGCAUGUAACUACUCCGAACGGUUUGUUAAAAACGAGAAGAAACGACAAGUUAUACGCACGAUAUUCGGUUCCACGUCUUUUCGGAUGACGGUGCGUAUAGCUGGUGCGUGCGCGACGGUACAAGCGUGUACGAGCGUGUGCGAGCGUGUGCGAGCUGUCUCUUCCGCCGCCCGAUGUCCCUGUGCCGUCCUCGUCGUACCGAAGCAAGUCAGCGGUUCACCAACACCAGCGUGUCUUCUCUGUGCUCCAACGCCACUACUACCACCACCCUUCCUAGGCCCUAUGCUACUCAUGUAGGGCUUGAAGCGACAUUGAGUGACAGCAAAAAGAAGUACGGCGACAAGGUGAAUGCACUUUUGUCUGCCUGGGAGCAUGUCACCAAUUUCAUUCCUGGGGCAACGCCAGAGGCCACCCAGUCUCUCAUAGAAUGGGCUCACAAACAUACAUUAAAACUGGUAUUGCGCGGGGAGUGGCCAAAGUUGUCACCCGCCACGAAGACGCACCUCAGCGUAACAUUACAGAGGUGCGCGUCUCACCUGGUGCAACACCCCGCUGCACUCAGGUGUACCGCCUUGAUAGCUCUAGUGCACAAUCCAUGGACGCAUCCUGCUCUCGACAGCAUACUUAACGGACAACCGGAUUCCGAACAUGAAGAAGAAUUUUGCUGUUCGGAAAAGGGCGAGUUGCUGACGAUGAGACUGAAAAUACUUUGCGAGGACCGCUGCGAGGACAUAGCGGUGAACCUCGCCGCAGCGUGUAUACGCUCCCUUAGAAGAAGCGACCGAUUAAGAUCGCUUUCAGAUUCCCAUCACAUUCAUUACAUGAUUGACGUAUAUAUUGUCCUCCUGUACAAAUUGAAACGCACGCAAGAUAUUUUCGCUCAACUAAAAUUAAUGGACCUUAAUGAUGGACUCGAAUUAGUACAGAGACUUAGCGGAGAAAGACCAACUAAAUAUGGAACAGCCCGUGUAUGGAGAAAUUCUAUAAAAGCUGCGGAAUUGGUAGCUCAGUAUCUUGUAACCGCCGGGAUGGUACGGCCGGUAUCAGAAACCGGUGCGAAUAUUUUGGAACAAAUUUUUAAUUCCUGGGCAUUGUUACAUUCGAAAUUGAAAGAUAUUACGCCGACCUUACCUGGGAUGAUUAGAAAAUUAAUAGAACCCGCCGAAAGUGCUCAGCACAUAUAUAUAUUCUGUGCUGUACUUAUCAAGCAUUUUGGCGACAGUAUAAAACCAUUGGUAAUCGAGUUGUAUAUAAGGGCGUUAACGACUGAUAUGAACGAGUUGGAGAGUCAAAAGGCAAAAUCGGACAAAGAGAAAGUACGAGAAACGGCCAAACGUUUGAGCACACAAUUUCUCAAAUUGGCUGACGUAGUUGGUAGCAAUAUCGGUAUAGCGAGAGAAUGCGUCCUAACGGCAUUUUCUUUGCAUCCUACCAGAGCUUGUUACGACAGGAUAAAGGAUAUUGCAAUAGCCUGUGGAAAAACGAAGCAAGAUGAUGGUUCGUUGAACGAUGUCGUUGAAAAUGAGAAACUUCCAAAUACGUCGGCGAACGAUCGUUCGACUGCGUCGAUAACAAAAAGUGAAAAGACUGUCUCGGAAAGGGGCGGAAUUUCGAUAUCACGCAAUGGUAGCAUCCUAGAAUCCUUAUCGUCGUCGUCCUCCACCGCUACCACCAACGGCAACACCAUCACCACCAAUACCACCGCCGUCACAAGUAUUACUUCUACCUCUACGUCCAGUUCCAUUCCCACAACAUAUUCUUCCUCAUCAUUAGUCGCGACCAUAGCUUCGUCGUCCUUGACGAGUACGAUAAUGACGAUCGCAGCACCAACUGCAGUGACGAAAAAGGCCAUAGAUUUUCAGAACGGCCAAGUAUCAAAAACCUUCGAGCGUACGGAUCAACUGUUGAAAAGUAUGUUGACGGCUUCGCGGAAAAGUAACGAUAGCGUGCCGCUCAACGAUAAGUGUCUUUUACAUUCGAAGAGAAAUUCCACUAGCGAUGGCCCAUUGGGAGAGCUCUGUUUCAAUUGCGGCGAAUUCACCGGCGACGAAACACCAAAUAGCAAAUCCCCCGAGGCAUGCACCACUGCGGAGAACGUGGAAAGGACGUUGGACGCUUUGAUCUUGAUAAAGGGAGACGCUGUUACGGGAUCGGCGAAUUACGACGAGAAGUCUGUACCAAAUCAAGUUCUUGAUGCUGAGAAACUUGGGCUUUCGCCGCAGUUAUGCGACGAUUUGUCGGUAGUUCUCAGCAGUCCGAGGUAUCACAUGCUUAGUUGGGUAUUAGAUUGGAAAGAAUUGAACAAUUUGUGCGAGAGGUAUUUAGAAAAUGCGGAAGAGAUGCGGAAUACGAACAAGGAGUUGAAGUAUCUCAAUAUUGACUACUCGCAGUUCAAAGAUUGGCCGUCGGAAGAUGACACGAAGGAUGUAUUUUUUGGUAUUGAAAAGGGCUACGAACAGUGGGUCGAUUUGCCGUCCGAUGGUUCGGAACAAUUUGGUAGUUUCCAACCAGCAGGAGGCUACAAAAGAUCUUCGACGAGGCGAAGUUUGGACGAUACGACUACUACGGAUUCGGACAGUGGAAGUGUAUUGCGCGUUCGAAGGACAGGAAGGCAACGCAAAGUUCAUAGGCUUGAAUCCUCCGAAAGCGAUUAUGACAGCACGGAACGUAAACCAAAACAUUUUAGGAAUCGUGCUAGCUCUGUCUCCGACUCGGAUAGUAACACGCAAGAUAGCCAAACCGAUAGUCUCGGUAGUGACGGUUGUAGAUUAGAAACCAAAAAGAAAUCUAGCAAAUCUUCUAAUAAGGAAAUCAGUAAGAAGCGAGUCAAGCCAUCGAAAUUAACCGUCGACUCUGUUUCGCAUUUUCACAUGUUGGUUAACGAAAACGUCAGGCAUACUUCUUCUCACGAGGACGCAAGUAGUUCCGACGUGAGUACCAACGACAUAAUAACUCUAUUUUCCGCUGAUAUGGAUGAAAGCAAACGAGAAACGAUCAAAGGGUCUACUUAUACGGCAGCAGCGCCAUUAAUAAUAACUGAAAGAAGAAGCGAUCCUGCGGUAUUGAAAUCUUUGCGAAUGUUUAGGCCACAAAAUGCAAAAAAGCCGACGAGGAUAGCGCAGAUAUUACAAAAAAAUUUGCUUAAUAAAAGCAAAGACAAUAAGUUAAACGAAGAGUCCAGUAGCGUAGCCAAAUUUGCGCCGAUGCUGAGUACGUUGAAUUUAAGUCCAAAGAUCGUUUUAACCAGAGCGGAUGAAAUUGAUAGGAAAUUAGUUCGUUCGAAAAAGCAACAGCGGCUUAGUACCGGUGAUAUCACUAGCGAACUGAUUAAUAUACAGAAGACCAUGCCCUUCUCACCUAACAAGAACGUAAUGACUACGUUUCAAAAACAAAAGAACUGUACUGGCAAUAAUUCAAGUAAAACUGAUUUAGUAGGUACCGUAGAUAGUCGAGAUUUAAGCUCCGUUAAAUCUAAUUUGGGUAAGAACAAAUUUGAUAUACUUGCGAAGGCGGUAAGAGACUCGGAUAUAUUAGCAAAAAAUGUACCAGGUUUGAAUUCCUUAGAUAUGAUGGUACCACCGAGAGUUCGAUCAACUGUAAACGUUGUGCAACUAUCUCGAAACAUUCCACAGAGCCCUAAUUCAGGUUCUACCAAUAGCGGCAAUACACCUCCAAGACCGAACAGAACGCCAAGCGUAGCUGGAAGUAUUCAGUUACCUGGUACGCCAUCUUCCGGUGGUCACGACAGCGGUGUCGGGAUGAGCCCAGCCGGUCAAACGCCACCACCAAGGUCAUCCGCUUUGCCCGACAUAGGCGAGGAGGCUAAUCAGCCACCGGACACAUCUUCGACGACCCCAACGAACACGAUUCAUUUCGAGUCAGAUACUGCGACUUCAAGAACGACGGUGGCUAUGCGACGUGGUAGUCAACAUCAGUCUCCAAAAAAAUCUCCCUCGCCUUGUUCGGCAGCGACAACGACCACAACUGUAACGACUACGACGACGACAUCGUCCUCGUCAUCGCCGUCUUCAACGGUCGUACCAUCUUCUUCGAUCGGAUCGGAACAGUUACAAAUAGUUUGCAAACCCGACGGUACUUACCAACUGGCUUCGGUCAAUCCCAACGUACUGACGAAUCAAAGGAAUGUUCUUACUUUGCAGAACUUGGAUGAGGGAAACGUUGGAAAUUUUUCCCGACAGACGCAACGUAACACGGAAGUAACCAAUAACUCCAGCAAUAGGAAUACCUACGACAGAUUAUCGUCCGUGAAGGUAUCCUCGCAAUCAGGUCAAAAUACAGGCUUGCCAAAGUUUCAACAAGCAUUCGGUAGAACGAUUUAUACAUUAUCGACGGAUACGAGUAGCGGAACGGUUACUACGACAGAGUCACUUGUUCAAUCUACGUCUACGCAAAAGACAACAAAUCUUUCAAAAGCUGUACAAACAUCGGUACCUAACACACAGCAGACUAAUUCGGCGACAGGUAUCAACGUACAGUCAAUAACCAACAUUCCUAAUCUGCAAUUAUCUGCUGGUAGACAAAUAUUGAAUAUCGUUCAAAGUUCAAGCGCUAACACAAACACGGGAACCAACUUAAAUACGAAUCAAACGUUGACGCAGCUUGUACAAAGCGUGCAAAACGCUUCCCCUGGUGUAAUAUAUACGCACAAAAUACCAGUUACGAUAUCAACCACGAAUCCUAGCCAGUUGAACAUCAUACCAACGAUAUCUCACGCCAAUUCUAUGCCAACAGGUAGAACGCCGGUAGUAAAAUUGAAUAUUAUUCGUACCGCUGCUCCUUUAAGACCACAAAAUCUUACUGGUACGAUACAGGCUGUACUUGCGACUCCUAGAUUGCAACAACAAACUCAACAAAACGUAAGAGCCGACAACUUAUUGAGUUCUCCGAUAGAGGUACCGAAUCAAGUGAGUUCGACGACUUUGGAACAAUUACGAGAAUUUGAAAGUGUUUUGGAACAAGUUAAGGAAAGGAGUACCAUACAACCUCAAUCGCAUCAAUCUCUAUCAUCUACGACAACUACUACCGUACAAACGCAAACAACAACGCAAUCGAAUAAGCAACAACAACAACAGCAGCAGCAACAGCAACAACAACAACAACAACAACAGCAGCAGCAACAACAACAACAGCAACAACAGCAACAGCAACAACAACAACAACAACAACAACAACAACAACAAACGUCACAACAGCAGCAGUCGCAGCAACAACAAGUAUCCGUUAGCGCGCUUGCUCAACAGCUUUUGAUGCCAACGCAAUCAAGUAGCAACAAUGAGUUCUCCGGUAACAGUAACAACGCUACGUUUCAACAGGAUGUCUUUCCACAAAAAGUUUCGCUUGCUUAUGUAAAUCAAAACACGACAAGUGGCGCUUCCAAGGUAUCAAAUUCGACGCCGGUAGUUGUCGUGACAAGUUAUUGCCAACCGGUAGCCUCGCCGGCGUUAAGUGUCACUUCCCAAAGUUCGUCGAGCCCGUGCGUAACUCCAGCGCCCGCUCCGAUUCCUUCGGCUGGUAAAACACCGCCAACUCCGCCUUCUUCGAAGACAGUUAAGAAAUCUACUCCUAAAACUGUGAAAACAAGUGCGACGAAUACGGCUAAGGCUUCGCCUAUACCGAAACCUCAACAAAAGCCGCAGGAGGACGAACAGACGGCCCAAAGGAUUUAUGCUAUUUUAGACGAAUACGCGGAACAGUUAAGAAAUUCGCCAGAUCUUAAUAACAAACCUGCCCCGAGAAGAAGAUCCAAUCCGCCAACCAAUCCGAGUCAAUCCUCGAAGAGGAAAAAAUCUAGCUCGAGUAAGACAAAACCGGCGGGACAGCAAACAUCGGAAUUAAGUCCGAGUACGGAUGAUCUUGGGAGGACAAUGGGUAGCGAAGAUUCUUCCAGCGGAAUCGUACACAUUCAAGAUAGUCCUGCAGGCUUCAUGACCACCGAAGAACAAUCGAACAUAACGAACGAUACGAAUGCCGAAAUACGUAAUCUGACCAACGAUUCUAGCGACGGCGUCGAGUUGAACGUUAAAAGGCGCAAUCUCAUAUUUGCCGAACCUGGUACUGGUCAACCAAGAGCUGUCAUCGUUCAGGAAGCUUUACAAACUAGCUCUGUCAGCGUUAGCGAAGCUAUUGCUUCGGUAACAGGAAAAGUAGGAAGUACGGCCGUUUUGGUACCAGGUACAAAUUAUAUUUUGCCAAUGAAUUUAAUGAAAAGUGGUCAACAGUUUACGAUAGUAUCGAGUGGAUCGAAGUUCCUUGCUACUGUGCCAGCGACGGUCAGAGCUGCCGGUAAUACCGGCGUAUCUAACGCACUGGUACUGCAAUCUUUUCUAAAUCAAGCUGGUAAAAUAAUUUCUCAGCCUGCACAAGUGAAACAAGUUAAGAUACCAACAUUACAGACCUUAUCGAGCAAUCAAUCGUUAAAUACUACGCAAAAUGUUCAAAAUGCUUCUGUCGUUAUUCCACAAACGGCAACUAGUAAUCAAUUUUCAGGGGAAUCUGUAAACGAGAAAAGUAAUAUUAUAAGUGAUAUCAACGCGUCGAAAUCCGACGUAACCGCUUCCGCAGGUGCUACGGAAUCAGCGACGAGUACUAUUGUGGUUAAUAAGACUAAUCCAACUAUUGGUUUGAUUCAACGAAAUCUUAACGAGAUAUCAGAAAAUCAACAGAUUUGUAGUGUAAUUACGAGUAAUCCAAAUUUGGCCUUACAGAGUACGAGAUUGUUUAACUCUUCUAUGCAUAAGAUAACAACGCCCACGGGAUUGAAAACUGAAAACGUGGUGUGUCUGACGCCGACAGGAACAAUUUCUCAUUCGACUGAAAAGAAAUCAUCGCAGGAUAAUCAGACGCAUAAUGAAAAAUCGGUAUCUAUUCAGACAGCAGCAACGAUUGCUUUAGCUUUUGCUACGCAAUCGACAGAUCCUUUAAUAAAUGGCAGUCAGCAACAACAAAAGGAUAUCAAGGAAUCUUCUUCCGACAUAAUAUCCGACGCCAAGAUAAUUUCACCUAAAACGGUCAAGAGAAAAAUGGAGGGUGCUGUGAGCAUGCAGGAAAUCGUGCCUAGAAAUUUAAUCGCCACGAACUCGGUUGUUUGCUCCAACAUCGUUACGUCGUUGCAAAAUAAUACAAAGAUCGAUUCCAUGUCCACUAUUGCCUCUAGCAAUAAAGAUUCAUCGAAUAUCGAAAAUUCAACGCAAUAUUUAGUGACAGGUGGUCCUAGUAGUUCGGACAGUCAGGGAUCUCCGGUUCAACAGUCUAACGAAUCGGUCGACGUGUCUUGUAAAAUUGGUAACGGUUUGUUGUAUGGAAACGCAAGAUUACAAGAGGCAUGGGAGCCAGAAGGAAAGGUAUCUCCGGAUACACCAUGGAGGUACGUGCCGACGUCGACAAAUCCUUUGGGAAUCGAGCCAUUGAAGGUAUAUUCAAGGGAAACCGAUAAUUCCGACAAUGUACAAAGCGUUCUGCAAAUAAUCAAUAAGGGACAAGGAAUAGAAAUGGCUAGUGGCCAAGUUUAUCAGACGAAUACGAAGAAGUAUUUUAUGAACCAUACUUUAGAGCCGUUUCAACAGUAUUCGAAUAAGAGUAUUAUGAAGAGCCAAUUAAAUCAAAGGUUAGAUCGGGAAUUGUUACAACAAAAAAUGGAAAAGAAAACAGCCGCGAUAGAGCGUGAACUCCGAUUGCAAAAGAGCUUAUCGGAGGAGUGCGAGGAUUUAGGCGUUGACGAGCCCAGUACCAGCGAUUUAUUUCCAGAAGCAGAUUUGUUGUUCGAUACGAAUCAUUCACCGUCUUUCGACCAUUCCUCACAAGAUGCAUCCUGCAGUCAAUCCCUGGGGAUGAAAUCGUACAGCAGUUCCUAUUUUCGUCCUUUGGACUCGUCGAGCGGUAGCAGGGACGCCAGUCCGGUCGCUGAUUUCAAAUUGAACGAACGUAGAAAGAAUGUGACCCAGCGUACGAGAAGUCUAAAGGAUACGUGCAAAAGAAGGAAGGGAGAUAAGACGAUAGAAUUCCAAUCGGAAAAUCCUGCGAAACAUAUGCGCUUCACGUUAGAAAAUUUAAGUCAGGACGAAGAAGCUUCGAACAGUAACUCCGACAUGUCGAGACUUUCCCCGACUCAUUUACCGUUGCUCGAAAACGAUUCCUCGAAGGAUAUUAACCGGCUAAAGAUGGGCUCGAGGAAUUGUUCGAAAGAAGGUUCGCCGAGCAGCGUAUCCAGCAUUCCAUCUAACAUCAAAUUGGACAUCGAUCUUGAUUCGGAAUCUUUGCCGCCGAGUAUAAAUGUAAAUAAUACGUCAGCUGCUAGCUCGGGCGAUGAGAGCUUGACGUUGCUCGGUGGUAGUACAGCUGACGUAACUAUACCUUCGCCUCUCUCGCCUAUCGCUGGACCGCUUUUGUCAACGCACAAAUAUACCUACACGAAUAAGAAGCGCAUAGCCUCGAAAGUAACCAGAAUGGAUUAUCUUUCCUGGGAAAGUC